UACAACAAGUCGGGCGCGUCAAGUAGAGCGCAUUAUCAGAUUGUUCGAAAUGUCGAGAAUGCACCCCAACAGUCCGAGAAGCUCCUGGUUCAGGAGGUCGAGCGUAUACGGAAGCACUUUGCUAGCAAGAUGCUUAGCACCUCUGAGAUCAGAAAGGAUCUCAUUAUAUUGUUAUACUGUCUAAAUACCUCGUUUGGAUCAAUCAACCGUACAACACUGGCUUUCGCGCUUCCUUCUGCAGCUCAUCUAGCAGAGGCUGGGUCAAGAGUUAGCGAGAAACGCAUGGGAUACAUGUUUUGCUGGGAGGUAAUGCCUCGAGAGCACGAGCUGCAGCUUAUGUUAGUUAAUACUAUCAGGAAGGAUUUAACAUCUCCAUCGGUGGCAAAGAUAAAUCUGGCGCUCGAAUCACUCGUGAACCUGCCAUCAUUGGACGUCAUACCAGCAGUGCAUACUCGCUGCAUAGAAUUGCUGUCACAUCCAUCGUCAACCGCGUAUAAGGGCAUUGACCAUGAUUGCACUGCACGCACUCUCCCAAUAUUCGCCUGAGUUACUCAACGAUGACAAUAUGAAGCAACUUGUCGUGAAACGGCUGUCAGACGCUAAUGAGAGCGUUGUCCGGACUGCUCUGAGGCUCGGUUUUGCGAUGGUAUCG